CAUGAUUCAAAACUCUAGUCAAAACUCCAGUCUUCUGUCCACCGCAACCCGUUUCGCGCCUAAAAGGUUUGGUCAAGUUCGUACCCGCCCAAGACGCCCGCUUCAGAAUCCCUCAAAACCCAAAAGCUAUGCCCACGAGCCACUGUUUCCCAAAACUCCUUAACCUCUUGAGAAAAGCCCGCAAUAAUCUAGCCGGUUUCACCACCGCCGCCGCACCCUCCCUUGCCUCCCCUAAGUUCUGCACCGCCGCUUCCGCCAUGGACGACCUCCAAACCCUUCAAACCCGUGUAUGCAUAAUCGGAAGCGGCCCUGCCGCCCACACUGCUGCUAUCUACGCCGCUCGAGCCGAACUAAAGCCAAUCCUCUUCGAAGGCUGGAUGGCCAACGACAUCGCUCCUGGCGGCCAACUCACCACCACCUCCGAAGUCGAAAACUUCCCUGGUUUCCCCUCCGGCAUCGCCGGUCUUGACCUCAUGGACAGUUGCCGCGAACAAUCGCUCCGCUUCGGCACCCAAAUUUUUACCGAAACCGUGAACAAAGUAAAUUUUAAUUCCAACCCUUUCAAGGUCUUCACCGAUUCCAAAACCGUCUUAGCCGAUUCUGUUAUUGUCGCCACUGGUGCCGUCGCCAAAAAAUUGAAUUUCACCGGCUCCGAAAAGUAUUGGAACAAAGGAAUUUCGGCUUGUGCAGUUUGUGAUGGGGCGGCGCCCAUUUUUCGGAACAAGCCGCUGGCAGUGAUUGGUGGUGGUGAUUCGGCAAUGGAGGAAGCAACAUACUUAACCAAAUACGGCUCCAAAGUGUAUAUAAUUCACCGAAGGGAUGAGUUUAGGGCUUCAAAGAUAAUGCAAAAUAGGGCGUUGAGUAAUGAGAAAAUUGAGGUUCUUUGGAAUUCGGUUGUGGUGGAGGCAUAUGGGG